GAUGAGACUGAAGAAAUGGUUUUACGUUUACAGAAAGAAGCAACGGCCAAACCAUAUGAAAAAAUGACUCUUGCCCAGUUGAAGGAAGCUGAAGAUGAUUUUGAUGAUGAAGAUAUGAGGGCUAUGGAAACAUAUAGACAAAAGCGUUUGCAAGAAUGGAAAGCUCUUCAGAAAACAAAAAAAUUUGGAGAACUAAGAGAAAUUUCUGGUGACCAAUAUGUAAAAGAAGUUACAAAUGCAGAAAAAGAUGUCUGGGUUAUAAUCCACUUGUAUAGAUCAAGCAUCCAAAUGUGUUUACUGCUUAAUCAACAUCUGAGUGUUCUAGCAAGAAAGUUUCCAGAAACCAAAUUUGUUAAGGCUGUUGUGAAUAGCUGUAUUCAACACUACCAUGACAGAUGUUUGCCCACAGUUUUUGUGUAUAAAAAUGGCCAAAUAGAAGGAAAAUUCAUUGGAAUUAUUGAAUGUGGAGGAAUAAAUCUGAAGUUAGAAGAACUUGAAUGGAAACUAGCAGAAGCUGGAGCCAUACAAACAGACUUGGAAGAAAAUCCUAAAAAACAGAUUGUAGACAUGAUGGUAUCUUCCAUUAGAAACACUUCUAUUUAUGAUGAUAGUAAUAGUUCAAACAGUGACAGUGAUGAGACUAAAUGUCCUUAG